AAGCAAUCAAUGAUUCACUAAUCAAGAUGUUUAAAGAUCAUGAACUUCAGCUAAUUAAUGAUAAUUCUGUAUACUAUUCUCUCAAAAUUUCAGAGACUGAUGAAGAAGAUACUUCUAAUAAAAGGAAGAUUGUAGUAAAAGACUUAAAAUGGCGCUCAGUUACA